CGGUUGAAAGGUCACACAACAUGGCGCCGUCUAAGAAGAAACAUGCUACAAAACAGGCGUGUGUUACUCCUGAAGGAUUUGCGGUUCUGCCCUUACAGUUCAGCCCCGACAGCGCAGCGCGACAUUCUCUGUACGUGAAGGAGCACAAAGUCCGAGCAGAGAAGACUUCCUGCAGGCCGCUGGAUCGGACUUUAUUUGUGCUCAACAUCCCUCCAUACUGCUCACAGAGUGUCACCCAAGACUUAUUCUCAAAGUUUGGCGUUGUUGCUUCAGUAGAGCUGAGGGAUGUCCCGGGUUCCUCUCAGGAGUCUGGACCCAAACUGCCCAAGAUCUUCAGACCAGCAGCCAAACAGGGUUUCAAAGUGGGCUACGUGGUGUUUGAAAGCUCCUCCAGCAUAACGGCAGCUAAAUCCCAUCCGCAUGAUGAAUCUUUGGUGGUCAGCACAGAGCAGAAACCAGUGAAAACUGGAGUCCAGAAAUGGAUCCAGCAGUACACAAAGUCCAUCAUCCACCCCGACAAACUGCAGCAGACGGUCAACUCGUUCAUGCAGGACUACGACAAGCGGCAAGAAAAGGAGGCAGAGCGGCAGAAGGAGGAGGCUGAGAAGCAGCAGGAGGACGAGGAGGGCUGGGUGAAGGUCACGAGAGGUCACAAGGGCGCCAAGGCCCGCCCCCACAGCGAGGCCGCCAACCAGAGGACCCUGCAGAGGGAGGCGAGGAAGAAGAGGAGGAAGGAGCUGAUGAACUUCUACACCUGGCAGCACAAGAACACGCAGAAAGAACAUAUCGCUGAGCUGAGGAGGAAGUUUGAGGAGGAUAAACAGCGAAUCGCUCUGAUGAGGGCACAGAGGAAGUUCAAACCGUACUGAAGCAAACCGCACGCUUUUGACUCAUUUCACUGCUUUUCUGUUCUUAGUUUAACCAUAUUCUUGGAAUUUCAUUUAAUAAACCUGUUUGUAUUUUCAUGGCUGUCAAACUAUCAGUAAGCGAGACUUUUGGGGAUUUUAAAAAAAUGAAGGAUCGCAGCAAGUUGAAGAAACA